CCUUCCACCAAGUGCAUUGUUCUUUCUGAACAGUGUGAUUUGACAGCAUUGUGAGAAUUUCUUACUAUAGCUUCUUAUUGAAAUAGGACUUUUAUUGGAUUAACAGAUAUUUACUCAGAUGAAGUUGCAGCUUAGGUGAGGAGUCAAGAUGAGCUGUCUUGAAAACAGUUCCAAGUUUAACUUCAUCUUAUUUUUUUUAAAACUACACAAGAUUUUUAAAAACUGUUCAAGGUAUAACCAAAUGUUACUUAGAAAAUAAUGUGAAGCAUUCUUUGGAAGUUCACCUGAAACUCAGGUAAAUGAUGAAUUCAUUUUUACUUGUUUCACUCAUUUUGCUUCUCUGGUUUAGCAAAUAUAAAAUAUGAUUGUACAUUACAUUUAGCACUAAAAUGAUGACUGAGAAAAAUAGUAAGGACAAGGAGAGAAAAUCAAUGAUGGAAGAGACAUGACAAUAAUGAGAGAUUUGAAUUUAAAUUAGAGAAAUGUGUAUGAAAGAUUGACAGCUCUACAAGUGUUUUUUUCAUGCAGAGUGAAGUUUUACCACUUUUCCCAUGUCAUCACAGCUUUCAAUUUGGAAUUACAUGUCGAGCAGGGAAACUAUACGCAUAUGUGUUCAGAAAUAACUUAAUCAUAUUUAUUUUGCUUACUCUCAACUGUGUUUAGAUUUGCAGUCAUAUGUCAUUGAAAAAUGUAAUGCAGUACAACUACUAUCUAGAAGUGUAGCUUGAUCUUCCCAUUGCAAUAUUCUGUGUCAGGGUCUCUUCUUGAAUCAUCAAACUUUCUCCAAUACAACUUAUUGACCACUUUAUAGGACAUGCCAUUUUGAUUUCUUUAGUUAUGCAAUGAUUAAAUCAAUACCUGACUCAUAAGCUUCUAUUUCAUAUAGCAGCAAAUAAUGUUAUUGUUAUGACAGGUAUUGUGAUGAAUGAGUUUGCAUCUAGAUUUUGUAACAUAUAGAAACAUGCUAGAAUCAUUAGGAAUUAGGUUAGUCUUGAUGUAUUAUUCCAUUAAUUUCAGUGGAUGUAUUGACACUUAAUGGGUUUAAAUCCAUUAAUCCCAACUACAGAAGCAAUUGAAAUUGCAGGGUUAGAAUAAAUGGUAUAUAAAAUGAAAAGCCUAUAUGAAAUAUGUGAGUUAUGGGAUGUAUUACAUGCAGAAUAUAAACUAUCAAAACAGCAUAUGAGUUAUGUAGUUUAUGAGAAUGCUGAAGAUUUGAUUAAGAUAAAAAUUCUUACUAGCUAAUAGCUAUAGAAAUUAUUAGGAAUAGUAGCUCCUGGUAAUGAUAUAUCUUUAAUCUGAGAUGAAUUUUCAUGAAAUGUGAAAUUAGCCACAUUUAUGUGUAUUAUUCUACAUAAUAUUUUGCAUGCAACCCAACUCCAAUUUUUCUUUAGGAAUGCCAAAGUCACAUAUUAGCUUUAUAGAUCAUAGUUAUUAAAAUAUUACAUUUCUUGUAUUUUAGAAAUAAUUGUGUUAACACUAAAUUAUAGCAGUAAAAUUGUAAGAAAUAAACAUUGUCCUAAUAUCCUAUGGUGAAGUAGAAACCAUCUGAUAUAAAUUAAUUAUUAUACCUAAUCAUAAAUUAGUUCAAUUUUUUUUAGUGUUUGAUUUUAGUUAUUUUCACUUAGGUUGGACGUUUGAGGGGGUUGCUUUGCUUGUAACCAAGAGGAGCUGGCAGCUCUCACUAACAAACAUGUAGAUAAUUUGUAGCUCUAAAAAUUAGUACAAAAUAAUUUUAAAGAUGAGAAAAAUAUGUCCCUAGGGAUUCUGUUUCUUAAAAAAAAUAGUUCAUUCCAGCAGCCAUGCUAAAAAUUUGAAGACUAAGUUUGCAUUUGCUUUCUUUCCAACAUAGGUUUGUUGUAUGAACUGGUUCUUGCAAAUUUCACCUCAGAUUGAAGUACAAUUUUGAAAGUAAAACACAUUACUGUAGACAAAUGAAACAGAUAAUGGACAUAGGCAUGGUAACUAAAAUCAUCAAGCUGCAUAACUUUAUUACGACAUAUAUCUAUUCUGCCUUCAGAGUUCUAAGAGCUUUUUUUUUAAAAAAAAAAUCUCUUUCUUCCCUAAUUACUGUGUCCUCUUGAUAUAUUUUUGAAUUGCCAUCAUUGUAUUAUUCUAACAUAUUUUUUCUUUUAUUUCUUAUAGAUCAAUGGACCAUAAGAAUAAGAGCACUGCCAAAGUGUUUGUCUUGCUUGGCUUUCCAACUUCCAUGGAACUUCAAGUGGUUCUCUUUGUUAUAUUCCUUGUAGCCUACAUUUUGACACUCCUGGAAAAUGUUAUUAUCAUUGCUGUGAUCAAAACCAACCCUUAUCUUAAUAAACCCAUGUAUUUUUUCCUCAGCAACCUCUCCUUCCUAGAAUCAUGGUACAUUUGCGUCAUUGUUCCUAAGUUACUGGUCAACUUCCUAGUGAAAGAAAAUACCAUCUCCUUUGAAGGCUGCAUGACCCAGCUCUACUUUUUCAGUUCCCUCAUCUGUACAGAAUGUGUUCUUCUGGCAGUAAUGGCCUAUGAUCGAUAUGUGGCCAUCUGCAACCCAUUGCGCUAUUCGACCAUCAUGACCCAACAUUUCUGCAUGCAGUUAGCAGUGGGUUCAUGGAUAACUGGAUUUGUGGCUUCAAUGUUGAAGGUUGUCUUCAUAUCUCGACUGCCCUUUUGUGGUCCUCACAUCAUCAACCACUUCUUCUGUGACAUUUCACCCUUGUUACAUAUGGCAUGUGAAGAUAUGACAGUGGCUGAAAUAGUGGACUUUGUUUUGGCUUUAAUAAUUCUGUUAAUCCCAUUGACAGUAACGAUCAUUUCAUACAUCUGCAUUAUCAGAACAAUUCUGGGUAUUCGUUCUGCCCAGGGCCAGAAGAAGGCUUUCUCCACAUGUGCUGCCCACCUCACUGUAGUCACAAUCUUCUUCUCAGCUGCCCUCUUCAUGUAUGCAAGGCCAAAAAGAAUCCAUCCUUUCAAUCUUAACAAAUUGGUUUCUGUUGUAUAUACCAUUGUAACGCCAAUGUUGAACCCUUUCAUUUACUGUUUGAGAAAUCAAGAGAUAAAGGGGGCUGUGAAGAAAGCUUUCCGUACCCACCAAUCCCUGUCUCAAAACUUUGUGCCUAAGGUUGAAUGGGUCAAAUAAUUUAAUCAAAAGAAAUGUCAUUAGCAUUUUCUAGCCUUUCCUUUAUUUUUCUAGAGAGUGGAUUUCUGUGUGUGUUGGGAUAAUAUCAAAGACAGCCUUUUCACGAUAUGCUAAUACUUUGGCAUUACAUUUUUGCUGCCAAUGGCAAAACAACAGGUGUGAAAGAGAAGUUUUAAGAUGGGGCACAAAGAUCUAAAUGGUAGCUUAAGUUCUAAACAUAGAUUUCCAGAAAAAGGGGUGUUUUCAUACUACAGUAGAGUCUCACUUAUCCAACACUCGCUUAUCCAACAUUCUGGAUUAUCCAAUGCAUUUUUGUAGUCACAUCAUGAUAUUUUGGUGCUAAAUUAGUAAAUACAGUAAUUACUACGUAGCAUUACUGCGUAUUGAACUACUUUUUCUGACAAAUUUGUUGUAUAACAUGAUGUUUUGGUGCUUAAUUUGUAAAAUCAUAACCUAAUUUGAUGUUUAAUAGGCUUUUCCUUAAUCUCUCCAUAUCAUCCAACAUAUUCGCUUAUCCAACGAUCUGCUGGCCCGUUUACGUUGGAUAAGCGAGACUCUACUGUAUAAUUGUGAACAAAGCUCCAUGAAAAAUCAGCACAAUUCAUUCUUAUUCUCUGUGACAGCAUCCAACCAUUCACAUAGGCCCGUUCUACACUGCCCCUAUAUCCGAGGAUCUAAUCCUAGAUUACCUGCUUUAAACUGGACUAUAUGAGGCCCCCUCCACACUACUGUAUAAAAUCCCACAUUAUCUGCUUUGAACUAAAUUAUAUGGCAGUGUGAACCCAGAUAACCCAGUUCAAAGCAGAUAUUGUAGAUUAUCUGCCUUGAUAUUCUGGGUUAUAUGGGUGUGUGAAAGGGCCCUGAGUUUCCAUUGCCAGAUAACCUGGGAUAAACAGAUCAUUAGAUCCUGGGAUAUAGGGCCAGUGUGGAAGGGGCUAUAAUCACGUUCCUUUAGACAUGUCCAAUAGAUGGCAGCAAAUGAUAUUGUUUUUUAUAAUGAAGAGUGAACUAUUCAGAGGAAAAGUCAGAAUUACAUCAAUAUCAAAUAUACUCGACAGAAAAAGCAAUUGAAGAGAGGAGCAUGUGUUCUCAGUUUUAAUGAUAUACAUGUUCAAAUAAGAGAAAUGAUAAUCAUUUCCACAAUGCAAGAAAGCGACCAUUUUCAAUAGACAAAAGGUGACUCUUAGGCCUCUUCCAUACAGCUGAAUAAAAUCCCACAUUAUCUGCUUUGAACUGGAUUAUAUGCAGUAUGGACUCAGAUAUCCCAGUUCAAAGCAGGUGUUGUUGGAUUUUCUGCCUCGAUAUUCUGUGUAAUAUGCUUGUGCGGAAGGGCACUUAGUUAAGCUGUUGUUGCUUUAUACUAAAGGAUUCAAAAUUGGUACCAACCAUAGCGCAUUGACAAAUAUCUCUAUAUCUUACACGUAUGUCAUCAAUUGUCAAUAGUCAAACCUUUCAGAGUCCUAAACUGAAUUGAACCUGGUGACUCUUGGAAUACCUGGUGACUCUUGGCAUAUUUUACAUCAUGACAUGAUCCAGUUAUCUAUAAUCAGGAACCAGAUAUUUUUAGAAUAUUAUUUGAUGGCCUAGUAGGUUAUGAUGGUACUGGGGGCGGGAGAGAGAGUAGAGCAAACACCUAUGCCCCCCAUUUCUUGAAUAGCAGAUCUCUGGAGCUGCACCCACCUGUCUUGUUCCAUGGGGGUUGGGAAUGAGAGUGUCCUUGGGACUGGUCUGGGGUUUCAUGCUCAUUCUAGCUCAGGUGAAUUGAGGGUUUGACCCUCAGGUUGUCUUUCCAGGAGAUGUCCAACCAGAAAAAAACCCAGAUUGCAGGUUCUCUCUGGAUCUCAUACAUUUCAUUCAGAGAAACUACGGAGGAAGUCUGGUAGAGAGCCUAGCUAGGUUAUUCCUCCAAUUUGCUCUUCUCAAGGAAUAUUUAAAUAGAUGAUAAUUUAAAUAAAUUGAUCCACAUUUCAAACCAUUUAACAUGUGUGGUCUCAUUAUUUCAUGGAUAAUAGUUCAGC